GUCUCUUUCAAACAACAACUUGACGGGUCCCAUUCCCAACGGCACCUCCAUGCUUCCACAGCUCAUUAAUCUGCGUAUACAAGGAAAUCGCCUGAAUGGAUCUAUUCCAUCAUCUCUCAGCCGCUUGAUCAACCUGGUUAACCUGGAUCUCUCAUCCAAUGCCCUGAGUGGCCCCAUGCUCACCAACUUCGCCUUCCUUGAUGGCCUCACCUCUCUAAACCUCUUUGAUAACAACCUUAGUGGGGAGAUUUCGUCUGAGAUGGGAGGCCUCACUAAAUUGAAGUACUUCAACAUCUCUGGCACCAACCUCACAUGCCCACCCGACAACUCCACCUGUGGCGUAAAACAAUCUCCCAAAACUUCAUUUUGCCGCACGUGUAGACCCUUCUGCAAUACUUGCACCAACCAAUCUGCAG